CUGGUCGUCUGCUCUGAGCGAGAUCAGAAAGACACAUUGAAGGUUGGGGUCAGAGCAAACCUUCAGAGUUCGGCUUUCUCAUUUGAUCUUCAAGGUCACCACAAUAUCUCCAGCACUGGGCUAAUGGUCAACAUAUCCCACAACACACCAGCCUUACAUCCUUACCUGCCACUUGACUUUUACUCAAAAUCACAGUUGAGCCGUUCACAGUCCUCGGUUAAAUGUACUGGAGAACUUCUGGUUGGUGUGAGCAGCUUGGCUUUUGAUGCAGAGAUCUUGAGUGCAAACUCUGGUUUUAAACAAGCGCUGGUGUUCAAUCACUCAAUACCUCAGCUACACUUGUUUCCCAGAAAUCUGACUGUGAGGACACUCUAUGGCGGAAACAGAGGGUCACAUAUUUUCACACACCGAGCACAGUGGGACAAUCAGGAUUCAACACAGACCGCCUCAUCAUAUGAUUAUACACAGUUCCAGCAAAGCUAUCCAGAACUAACAGGAACGGCUCUCGGUUGGGGUUUGGAUCUUAAGGUAGAGAAUGAUAGUCAGAGGAAACUGGGUGAUCUAAGUGUGGAUUGGAGUCUGUUCGGAAGCCGUGAAGAGGUAAAAAUUCAAGGAUCUUGGGCUUUGAUGAGCAGACAAAUGGAUUCAUUAGAGCAGAAACAAGCAUUUGUCUCAACACUGACUCAGUUUCACAUACAUGCCUUAUCACAUGGACCGACCAACAGGCAUGAGGGCAUCAACCAUGCCCACAUUUCAGGGAGCCAGCGAAAGCCUGUAAAUGUUUCAGUAACAGUAAGUGAGCACUGGCAUGGUGACUCCAGCAGAGGGCAGGCCUGCGUCUUUCUUUCACCAGGCCAGAUGCAGUCGCUUCUCCCUCUGGUGGAGAUGGAGGGAUGUGUCGCUGUAGCUCAGGAAGGAAAAUCUUACUCUCAAAACACAGAGCUCAAAUGGAAGGACAAGAGAAUAACCCAAAGCAUGAAAUACCAGUGUGGAGUCAAAGGAAUGCACACACUGCUGGUGGAGCUGGGGGCUCAGAACGUCUCUCCAUCUCCCUGUCCGUCUCACUCUCUUCUGACCCAGAUCCAUACCAACCUGAGGGACCAUCUGGAGCACCAUGUUCAGAUCGGCCUCUGUCCUCCACAGCCUGCUUUAAUUUGGUCUGGAUCUCACAGAGUGAACUCUGGCAAGGAGAUGUUGUUGACUCACAGCCGCGUGUCUGUAUCUGGACACCCUCAGCACAGCACCUUCACACUAUCCCUCAGAAACACCAGCAGCAGUCAGCGCUCCAACUACUCACUGCUCACUGAGUGGCAGGUAGGAAACUGGAGUGUGGAAUUGGCCAGCAGUUCCAUGGCUUCGGGAAGGAAUGUGGCAAUCCAGGUUCAUGCAAAACUAGACCGCAGCGAGUUGCUCUGGCUGCAGGGGGCGCUGGGAAAACGCUGCCUACGAGCUGCUGCUGGAUACCACACUGAAACGUCUGAUGAUCUCAGAUUGUUGCUCUGUUCGGAGGGGCAUCACUGGUUCACCCUGGAGGCUCAGAGGGGUGGCGCUGGCAUUGAGAACGAGACCCUUGCCCUUAUUUCUGUUGGGGCAGCCAAUCAGAGUCUGCUGUUUCGAGCCAAGGGAUGCGGGGAUUGCCUGUGGGCUGCAGAGGCACGGCUCCAGCAGCUGGGGUCCCGGAUAAAGAAUAAACUGUUUGACAGAUUUCAGAGACUUCAGCAUCUUCUGUUAAUGUUUAGAAGACAGGCAGGAGACAGUGUGUUUCUACUGGAGCUGAGUGCGUGGCCACUGUCCCUGACCCAGAGAGCUGAGACCCUGCUGGAGAGAUCAGCUGUGUUGUGGAAAGCCUGGACCACUGGCACGCUCCGACACACACUCACACACAGCCUGCCACACACACUCCAGCUCCUGCAUCUCAUGUCUCAGCAAGUCCAGCAAGAGCUCCGGAAGCCGCUGGCCACUCUGGCUGGAGCGUAUCAUGAUGUGACAGGGGAGCGUUUGGACGCCGUGUGGCAGCAGGGAGUGCAGAUGUGGACCAGAGAGCUGACGGAGCUUCUGCCCUCGAUGCUUCAUGAUCCUCAUCUGAGGACGCCAUCUCUGACCGCACUGCAUGCUGCAGUCUUUGCCAUGGAUAUGGUGAGCCAGCAGACCUUUCAGUGGAUGGAGGCUCGACUGGCUGCCAUGCUAGUGGGUGUCAGAAGACAGCUUGCACUAAUCUAUAAGUUCUCCAAAAGUGAGAGUGAGCUGACAUUAAGGGUGCCUCUUCCUGAGGGCCCCUGGCUGAUGGUGAAGGAGGCCGGUGUGACUGAAGUUCUCCUGGAGGAGUUUGUCCUGAAGCCUCUCUUAGCCUUGAACUCUAUGAGUCCGACAGCAGAGCUCUACCGGCUCAAGAGGAGGAUAAUGGACAGUCCAGCCAACUAUCAGGCAUUUCUAGUGGCAGAUGUCUAUUUGGUGUCAUUUGAUGGACAUCUGUUCCAGCUCCCUGCUGCCUGUGACUUCAUCCUAGCAGCUGAUGUCACCAAGAACACCUUCAUCAUUGCACUCAAGUCAGGCCGAUUCAAACGGCGCUCGCUUGUGAUGCAAAUGCAAAACACAACGAUUGCAAUUCACACAAAUGGAGAGGUUGAAGUUAAUUGCCAUGUUACACACAUGCCAUACACUAACCAUGAAGUGGCUGUCAGAAAAGACGUGAACUUCAUUGAGGUGUCCAAUGGGAGAGGACUUUGGGUGUCAUGUGACCAUCAUCUGGAGGUUUGCAGUGUGAUUCUAGAUGGAUGGCUUCAUGGUGUGUCCAGCGGUCUUUUAGGAACCAAUGAUAACGAAGGCUCUAACGAACAACUUCUGCCGGAUGGAUCUCACACAAGCGGUCUGCUUCAGUUUACUCACAGCUGGCAGGUGGAUUCGGAAUGUGUCAGCAGGAAAGCUGAAGUCUGUCAGAAUGCCACCGCUGACUCCCUGUCGUGCACAUUUCUGUUCUCCUCCACAAAUUCUCCUCUGAGCCCCUGUUUCAGAGUGGUGGACCCUCUGCAGUUUGCGAUGAAGUGUGAAAUUUUGGAGUGUGUACGUAAUGAGCGUGUAGAUGUUCCCAGACCAGCCUUCUGCUCACUGGCAUCCGCUUAUAUCCAUCUAUGCCAUAGAAACUAUGUUCCACUGGAGCUGCCAGUGCAAUGCGUGUAAGAGUGGUGUCCACUGCAGUGAUGCUGGGAUUUCAGCCGAGGACGUGAAGUGUCAGCUGACCUGUUCGAAUAUUAACAAGGACAUGUACAUAAUCAUUGCGUCAUCAUCAGGUCAUAUUUGCAAAGAUUUUUUCGCAGUAGGCAGCAUUUCAUCUCACCAAUAGUUCAGAAUCCUCCCCCCAUUGUUUUAACAUGGCGCAUUUAAUAAAUAUUGACAAUCAUGAUAAUACAAGCAUCUUCAGAAAAUCAUUACACACAUGUAUGUUGUUCAUUGUAAUAACUCAUUACAAAUAACUGUACCAGUAGACAUGACCAUUGAAGGAUUAAUUGCCAAAUUCAUUGCAAUAAUGUAUGUGAUAUAGGCAACCCAGGCUCAUUAUUGAUACAUACCCCUGUAUACAUUUGUGCAGAUCGAGAAAUACGUACCUAGGGGUACGUUUUUUGCAAUUUUUGUUUUCGCAAAUCCACCAGAGGCCGCUGUGUACGCUUUAUCAGAUCUCAAAUUUCUCUUGCGAGUGCCGUUCGUGCCUGCUGUUCUCAUGUAUUUCCACCAGAGGCUGCUGUCGACUGACUGACUGAUUGAUGGACAGAACAAUAUCCCCACGCAACCCCUUCCCUAAACCCAACCAAUAGUGUUUUCAAAAGCAAUCUAGAAAAAGCAAAGCCCUUUGCCUGAUUUUUACCAUGUUUUCAGAUCUUACCACGUUCUUACCCUGUUAUUUACUUGCUUAUUUAAUUUUUUGCCUCUUGUUUUUGUUUUAUCUGCUUUUUUCGUCAGACUCUAACUGCGUUGUCAUAGUCAACUCUGACGUACGUUGCGAGGCACUGGGCAAACUGGUAACAGCAGAAAAGCCGUACACAUGGAGGUAAGCGGUCAGCUGGUAGCGCAAAAAGAAAGAGAAGCCAUCAGUGGCGUCAUACCGUUCCAUAGAGUUUGUUUUAAAAACACCAUAUGUAGCUCUGGCUACAUAAUUCGCGCUCUCCAGAAAUGUAAAUUAGGGUACGUUUUUACAAUGAGCCUGGGUUGGUUAUAGAUGCGUAUUUCAAAAAAAGCUGAUAUAAAUGAUCUGCCUGUGAACAGUUGUUGUAAUUAAUAUCCUCUUCCUCUGUAAGGUGAAAUAUGCAUUAUGCCUGCACUGGACUUGAU